AUGGCUGGAGCUCUGAAUAUCCUCCUCACUAUCUGUCUGCUGCAUGGUGUCUUCAGUGCCGUAAACUUAGCUGAUCCUCUUAAACCGACUCUGUCUCCGUCUGAACUGGAGGUGGAGGAGGGGGCCUCAGUGAGUCUGCAGUGCUCUGCUCCAGCUCCCUGUCCAUCUCUUCGUCCGACUGUGACGUGGACCCCCAGUCUGGGAACCAGUCAGGAGACACUGAUGGAAAAUCAGGACAAAACUAAAGUCAUAAAGUCUGUUCUGAAUUUUACUGCCUCUCACCUCCACCACAGACAGAGGUUCUCCUGCACUGCUGUCUACAGGAGACAAGACAACAGGGUGGUGUCAUCUUUUAGCAAAGGACUGACAGCUCAUGUUAAAUUUGCUCCACAGAUCCUGUCCUCGUCCAACUGCACCAAAGCUGCAGCCACAGUCAGCUGUUCCUGUUCCACUGUGGGAAACCCUUCUCCCAGAUUACAGUGGUAUUUGGACGGACUAUCUGUGACUCACUCAGACAAGGUAGACAUCAGCAGUGAGUCUCUGAACGGCACAGGUCUAAGGAGCACCAUCACCAUAAACCUCCCACAGGAGUUGGAUCUGUCCACUCUGCUCUGCCACAGCAGCAACUCUGUGGGUUCUACCAGUCACCAGUUCUAUUUCUACACUUUUGAGCAACAAACCUGUUCAAGGUUUGGUCAAGGUCUUUUUCCAGUCAUUUUGGCUGUUGCUGUUGUAUCUCUCAGUAUGAAUGUCUUCUACACAAUCUACAUGAUUUCGCUUCGCAGGAAAUCAAAACAGAACGUGAUGCCGAGUGAAGGGGACACGACGUACAUGUCAUUAGACAGAAGAGACGUGUCUCCUGAAUAUGGGGUCAUUGGACAACUUCCAACAUGAGUAGAGGAUGUAUGUGUUUGUCAUUCUAAACUGGGCUCCAAAACACAAAUAUUCCACGGUUUCCCACAGCAGAUGGGACAGAUACUUAAUUCAGUGUAAAUACAUAUUAUUUCAUAAGAUUGCUGUUUUUUCAUUCUAUUAGAACUGGUGUUUUUUCAGGUCUAUACUUAUCGUUAUUUUGGUUGUAUUUUUGUUUUCAGUGUUCUGCUCUUUUAGUUUUAUACAUCAUUAUUAUGUCAAAUGCUUGUACCUUCACACACAUAAUAUAUCAUACAAGACAAUAUACAGUAUAUACAGCUCUGGAAAAAAUUCAGAGACCACUGCAAUUUCCUGUGAAAUCAGCAUGUGUGCAUGUAUGACAGCCAUUCCAUUCCUGUGUGUGUUGAAUUCCAACA